AUGUCAACUACGGUGAUGAGUGACGCGGUGAUGAUGCCUGUAACAGAGUCGCAAACGGUGACGGCGAAUCUGACGACGGAAGUAGAGUUUGCGGAGUGCGAUUGCUGCGGAUUGAUGGAGGAGUGUACGCCGGCGUACAUGGAGAGGAUUCGAGAAAGAUAUAAAGGCAAAUGGAUCUGCGGAUUGUGUAGAGAGGCGGUGAAAGAAGAAAUCAUGAGGAGUGGAAGAUUGAUCAGUACAGACGAAGCCAUGACGCGUUACAUGAUGUUCCGUAGAGCCUCUCGAUCGUCAGAGUCAAUACCAGAAGGGAAGGAAUCUGAUGAAACCAUUGAUAGACCUCAGCAGGCGCUUUCCUCUAAAAAGUUGUUCACAUCAUCAGAUGUAUCCAUCAAUGUCUUGAACCAAAGAAAAAGACAACAACUGAUUGAUGAGGAAGAUGAAUAG